AUGUAUUCAUUACUACUUUCCAAUACAUUAACCAACAUGGAUCCCUUUAGUGACGCUGGCGAGUUGUAUACAAUACGCAAUCAGUUUUUCACUAACCAGCACCACAAAGUUGUGAGCUACUCAUUAGAGCAAUUUUCGCCUGAGAACCAACUUAAAGUGUUAGAAUAUCAAGUAAGAUCUCAAAUAGCUUUAGGAGAAGAUGCAUCCAAGCUUAUUGAUUUGGGAAGACAAAAGUUCCCUGAAUCCGAGGAGUUUGUUCAAUUGUUAAUGGCAUACAAUGAUUUGAAGCUGUUUGGAGUUGAUGAGUCUCCGUAUUUCCAAGGAGUAGCUGAGCCUAAAUUUGAGUUACAAGCAGUGUUAACUGCUUUAUAUAAAGUGAAGUUUGAAAACGAUAUAGACGGGGCCAUCUCAUUGUUAUCAGGAUAUAUCGAUACUCAUAGUUAUGGAGAACUAGAACCAUUUUUAUCCUUAGUGCAAUUAUAUUUGGUCAAGGGUAAUUUUCAAGCAGCUAAUCAAAUCUUCAAUAGUUUCAAGAAUUUCCCCAGCUCCGCAAGAGAUAAUAUUGUCUAUCAUGUUUUGGAAUCUUGGAUCUUGUCGAUUAAGGGCGAAUCAGAUAACAUCAGCAAUGCUUACUAUUUCUAUGAUGAAUUAUUAUCUGCGGAUUUUGAUGAUGAUGAACAAGGCAAGUUCCGACUUUUAAGUGUAUUAUUUGUGUUAACGGUUCAAUUGAAACAUUACCCCGAAGCUCAAGAAUUAUUGAACCAAUUGAAGGAAUUAAAUAUCGAGUCAUCAGAUGGAGAUUUCAUUGCUAAUCAAAUCACGUUUGAUUAUUUAACCAAUGAUGGUGCAAAUGUUACUCAAUUAUAUGAACAAUUGAAAGCCAUUGAUCCUCAUCAUCAAAUGGUGAUUGAUUAUGAAGAAAAGCAAAGUCUUUUCGAUAAAAUCGUGGCUAAGUACGAAGUUGAAGCUUAA